AAUCGAGCAGGGCAUGUUGACUAGCGAGAAGUACUUCUGACUUGUCCCUGCUUGUUAGCUAGUUGCAGUAAAUGUGACAAGCGAGUUGUGGAGCACAACAGUUAAAUGCAGACAGCUCCGGAAAUGAAAGGUGUGUGUCCCUGCCAUAAAUAGCAGUGAUGGAUGGAGGAGCCCAAAGGCCGACUGUGUCAUGGGAGAAUGGUACCCUGGCUCCUGUGGACCGCCUUCGGUCUGAGAGGGCGGACAGCCCCACACCAGGCCUGGUGGAGGGAACUGAACCAGGUGCUGGCCAGCAGAGUGCUAUGUUCGUCCAUGCACAGUCUUUUGAGGAUCUGACUGCUGAGGCUGAGGAAGAGGCCGGGAGGAAGGCUGAACUGGACAAAUCAGGAGAGUGUGCAGAGGAGCUCAAGGUGCUGGUGGGAGAGAAAACCAGAGAGGAGCAGCACAACAACGACAUUUCAUCAGAGAGCAGGACUAAGGAGGAAGACGUGUCCAGUGAGGCAUGGAGGAGCCACAGAAAACACGUGUUUGUGAUGAGUGAGGCCGGAAAACCAAUCUACACCCGCUACGGCACCGAGGAGGCUCUGUCCAGCACAAUGGGGGUGAUGAUGGCCCUUGUGUCCUUCGUUGAGGCUGAGAAGAACAUCAUCCGCUCCAUCCAUGCAGAUGGCUGUAAAGUGGUUUUCCUCGCCAAGAGCCCUCUGGUCCUGGUGGGCGUGUAUCGCACAUGUCAAUCAGACAAGGAGCUGCUGCGGGAGCUGCAAUACAUCUACUACCAGAUCGUCAGCCUGCUUACCCUCACCCAGCUCAACCACAUCUUCCAGCACAAACAGAACUACGACCUGCGUCGCCUGCUGGCCGGUUCCGAGUAUCUCACCGACAACCUGCUGCAUCGGCUGGACCGAGACCCCGGUCUGCUGCUCAGCGCCGUAACUUGCUUGCCUCUUGCCAGCUCCGCCAGGGACGUGGUCUCAUCGGGCCUGCAGGCCGCCAAGGCCAAAAACCUGGUGUUCUCCAUCCUACUGGCGGGGGACCGCCUGGUUACUCUGGUGAGAAAAAAGGACCAGUUCCUGCACCACAUAGACUUGCACCUGGUCUUCAACCUCGUCGGCUCUUCCUCUUCCUUUCGAGAAGGUGAGGGCUGGACGCCGAUCUGUCUGCCAAAGUUCAACACUGCAGGAUUUUUCCACGCCCACAUUUCUUACCUGGAGCCUUCAUCCGAGCUCUGUCUCAUCCUGGUCUCAACUGACCGAGAGGACUUUUUUAACAUGUCCGACUGCAAGCAGCGGGUCCUGGAGAGGCUGAGCAAGCGCAGUGCCUACCAGGCCUUGAAGGAGGCACUUAAAUGUCCCAGCUAUUCUGUGGAGCAGGUCGGCAUCCCGGAGCUCAGACACUUCCUGUACAAAUCGAAGAGCUCCGGGCUGUACACCAGUCCAGAGUUUCCUGUAGUGUACCAGUCUGAUGAAGAGCAGGAAAGGCUGAUGGGAUUGUACCAGGACCUUCACAGUCACUUGCACCAUCCAGCCAGACCUCUCCGCUCCUUCUACCGCUGCAGUGAAACUGAAAACCUGCUGGCGUGGGUGACAAGUGGCUUCGAGCUCUACCUCUGCUUCAGUCCACUCGGGACCAAGGCCUUGGCCAUCUCUGCUGUCAACAAACUGCUGAAGUGGAUCAGGAAGGAGGAGGAUCGCCUCUUCAUCCUGAGUCCUCUCACAUACUGAACCCUCCCUGCCGGCUGACCUCCUGAAACAAGAUGUGCCUGCAUCACCAACAGCUGUGGAUGGUGCAGUAAUCAGUUCAUUGUUACGGAUGAUUGUCAGAGCGAUGCUUUUUUUCUUGCUUCUGGGUUCCUCUGAUCCAAUUCACAGGUUUGUGAUGAAACAGAUCGCAGAGCGCAAUGAGGGUAAUUUAAAGCUGUGUUUUAUCUGGCUCUUUUAUAACUUUAACAGAUGGAAGUACCAUCAAUGUCAUCGAUGACACAAUAACAAGGUAAUCUGCGUUUGUCAGAUGCUGAAGUCGACAUGUUUGUCGAAACGAUGUUUUACUGUAACAGACCUAUUAAGCUUCUGAAAAUAUGAAAAAAUGCUGUCUUUGUUUUAUAAAUGCUUUCAGCUCAGUUCUUAAAAAUCCAAUCUGAAUUCAAAAACUGGAAUUUUCUGAAGACCUGCAGUAAAAUAUAUUCUCUUGUUAUAAGACGUACUGUCAAAAUACCGCUGACCACAUUCCUGUUGUGUUGACUUUUUAAAUGGUGACCAACAACUGUAAGAACCAUUAUCAUUUUACCUCUAUGCACUUCCUUUAUGCAAAAGACACUCGAGAAAUGUGUUCAUGAGUCUGCAACCUGUUUACUGCUGUCAUUUGAUUUUGAUGUAUUGUUUAUGGCUGUGUAUAACAAUCAAAAUUGGAGUCCAUUAUUUUCCAGGUGUCCAUUAGAUUUUCCCAUUCUGCAUAUUCAGUUUUGUGUGACGUUUUAUCUGCUUGUGUCUAAUCAUACAGUCUAACUGUAAUUUAUGCCGUCCUGCUUUGCUCGAGGCAUCCAGUGUCCACAUCUGCCUCCACUACUCAUGCCUUAACUAAUAGUCGUUGUGCAAAACCAGUGCAAAGUUUCAGAUUUAUGGCUGCUGUGCAAUUUCACAUUUAUUAGAUAUAAAUAAAUAAAUGGCUUGAAAAAAUAAAAGGA